AUGUUGCUCGCAUUUUCUAUUGUGCUUUUCGCUGGACUUGCGAAUUCGGCACAACCAAACGACCAAGGGAUUGGUAAGAGAAACCCUUUCUAUAAAUUAUAGUUAUGUACACAUUUUCGGGGCCGUUUAAAAUGUACAGGAGUUACGUCAUGUAGAUUUCCACUUCACUUCUGACGUACUGCACAGAUUUUCCAUCUCAUAGCCUACAAGAACCAUAAAACAAAACACUAUAAUCAAGUGAACAGUUUAAUUAUUAGUAUUUUUUUAUUGGGAGAAACCGAAGGAGAAUCGGAGUUAACGUGGUGCAACUGUGGUCUUUUUAGAGCCGGAUUGUUACGCGUUCGGAAGCCAUCUUGUCAGGUCAAUAAACAAGUUAGAAUGAUUUAUUUAUGAAUAAUUUCCAUAACACGCCGGAAUUGAAAGAAAUAUAUAACCUGUAAACCUUAGGUAGUUGCGAGAGAUUUUACGGACAGCAAAUUUAAGACAAGUACCUCAUUAGAAUAUGCCCUGUCGCGUUUCAGAAUAAACGAAUGAAAGUAUUUCCACUUUUUAUUGGUCCUUUUUAUUGGUCUUGGAACCCAUGACCCAUUAUGGGGUUUUAUCCUUUUUAUCUAAAUCGUAUCUUUCCAUCAAUUGAAUUCCAAAAAUUAAUGGACCAGGACAAUUUGAAACUGUUUUCUGUCUCUUAUUGCUACGGAUGGCAAGGAUAAACAUGGAUUAAAACGUUUUCAAUAUUUAAAUGCUUUGUCUGCAAAAAUCAUCAAAAAAAUAUUAUGGUUAGAGCUCCUUGAAAAAAGUUGUCUGAUAUCUUCUUCAUAACUCCAAAAAGCAUUUUGUGUAUGGAAUGAUAAAAUUUAGGCAGAGAAUUAACAGCAAAAUCCUUGUGACAUUAAUCCUCUUUAUAAGGCAUUUGAUCAAUGAGGCGAUGAAUGGGGGCGUAUUUAGGGGGUAAUUAACAAAGGAUGCAAAACACAGUGCUAGUCGCAAACUUUAAAUCAAGGAGAGGGGACCCUCCUCUUCCUUUCACGUGUUCCCCUCGCCCGGCCCGUUUAACCGGCGCCGGCUGCUACGCAAGUUAUUAAAAACUUGAUUUGAUCAAUUAGAGGGAAUUUAGCACUGAUCAACAGCUUUAACAAAUGACAGGCGUAAACUGAAUAACUGUCUGCCUUAUUGAGGAGAUUUUGCUGAUAUACAUUUACUAAUAAUGCAUGAAAACAGUUCAGGAACACCUCCUGAAACACCUUUGGACUGUUGUGUAUCUUUUGUCUGUAGCCAAUAUUGACGCCAAAUACUGUGGAUGCACUGAAGAUAAUCUCCCACAAUGCGGCUGCUGCGUGGACAUUGAAGAAUUCAACUACACAGGUAAUGACUACAAAAAGAAUUAUUGUACAAUAAUUCUUAACGCAAUGGAUUACUCGGCUACUGUCUUUUUAAUGUGUCUCAGCUUGUGAACUGUUAUGCACGAACUACGGCCCAACUACUGGGAUCGAUUCAAUAUGUAUCGUUCCAAUCUUUCGAGUCAUUGCAGAGAUUGCUUCCCAGCAGAAGGCUCUUUUAGGCUUUUAUCCCGAGGGGGGAGGGGGGGGUACUCCCUUAUAAGGGCUUAUAGGCACGUACGGCCAGCCAGGGUAUGUUUUUCGGGAUUUUUGUCUUAAACAGGGUAUCGAUUUUAUCAUUUUUUGUCUUAAUCAGAGUAUCGAUUUUUAUAAUUAUCAAUUUUUGUCUUAAACAGGGAAUCUUUUUAAAUAGUUUUGUGAUUGCCAUGCAAUGGUUUAAAUUUGGAGUUUCGAUAUUUAUUAUUGUCUUACACGGGGUAUGGUUUCGGGUUAAAUGUCCUAAACAGGGCAUCAAAAAUCGGAAUUCUGGAUCUUAAACAGGGUAGGAAAAUCGGCGAUUUUGGUCUUAAACAGGUCAGGGUAUGAGGGGCCGGGAGGACCCCUCCCCCCCACCGGGUUUUUUUUGUCUACGCUAUACCAGUUAGCUUUUGAUGCCGACAUGAAAAACUAUCCGGUACGGUACGAACAGCAGCGCAACAGAACUGGAACAAAGGCGUUUACACACAUCGAACACCAUGCCAGAGUGGUUGGUCAUGAUGUUUUGGUGCACUAAAUCCCAAUCAUCACUUCUGGGUACAGUCAACUCUCUUACUUCUCGUAAGCGACCACUUCCCGUAAGCGAUCGACAAGUGAAUUGUAACAUUGAUGCAAAAUGUUAUGCACAAAGUUUUAACAGUUCCAAGUGCUAUUCAAAGUAUAAAAUUAUUAACCGUUGUCUAUUUGCCUAAGUUUUAGCUUUUAAGUGAUAACUUUAUGUAAUUAUGUUAACCAGUACAGUCUUAGCUUUAGUUCCUGAUUUUUCCUAUAGGCGACCUCCUCCCGUAAGCGACCACUUUGUCCUGCAACUAGGGUGGUCGCUUACGAGAGAGUUGUCUGUAUUUACUUACAAUCCACUUUCAAGAUCGGUGGGGUGCAGCUUCGCUCCGUUACAGAAAUCGCGUCGAAAUCUCCGUCCUUUCAUGUAUGUGUGAACAGAAUCCCUAUCCGGCGGUUCUCGUGUCGGUGUAAAAGCUGCACGGUACAGCGUAAACAUAUCCUCCGAAAAGGAAUCUUUAGUAGUUCUCUCAAUAAUGAUUUCUACACCGAACACUCAAGGCUUGAAAAAAUGCGUAGUUCUUUUCUAACAGUUAAGACCAAAAAUCUGGGAUUCUUUACCCUCAGAGAUGAGAAACUUACCAAAAUCUACCUUUCGGAAAAAGCUAAGGAGUAAGCUCUUUGAAAUAUUCUCUAAAUCUGAUGACUAUCUUGAAAUCGAUCACCGAAAUCAUGCAUCAACUUAAAUUUAACUAGCUCAGGAACAUGACUUAAUAUAUUCUCUGUGUAGUUCACAUUGUAAUUUAAAUAGCUUAAUUCAUAGUAUAAUUCUUAUUUUACGACAGCUGGUUCUGUUUGAGAAAAUAUUUCUUUUUUUUCCUUUCCUUUUUUUUAAAUUUGUCUCUUCCCCAGCAUUGAUUAGGCUUUUCUAUACGCGGGUAGAAGCUAUCGUGAAUGUUGUAAAUUAUUUGUGUAAAUGAAUGAAUAAAGUUGAAUGAAUUGUUUAGUAGGUACUCAUGAAAUCCUUUCUAUCAUACACUAGCUACUUUUAAAGCCGGUAUGUCAGGAUGACUAGUGCCAACUGGAAAAAUCAUGCGCAUCUUCAUGCGCUACUAAACUGCGUUUAAACUGAUUACUCGUGUUUCUUUUUUUUUUAGUCUGUGCAAACCUGACCUACAUUGAAGCGGAACUGGUGAGUACAGCUAUUGUGUUAAAAGCUGUUUGAAUAAUAGAAGCCUCUUAAGUCCUACCGGGAAAAGCAGUGGCGCUCUAGUGGUAAUUCGCCACUGAAAAAGCGAGAACGAAACUGUACCGAGUAAACUUUUCAGACUUCUGGCUUCUUGGCUUAUGCGCAUGCACGAAAACAAAAAAAAGCUGCUGCCAUUCUCGUUCCCAGAGCUGAGCUUCAAUCCCAAGUUUUGGUCAGCGUAUAGGACCAAAAGGAUUGAAGCUCUGGGAACGAAAAUGCUUAAUAAUUAACUAAUUAACUAAUUAGCAGAAAUCUAAGUCAUAAGUGCUGGAAAUCUCUUUUCCAGCUAUUCCCAUGCUGGCCGAAAAACGGUUCAAAAAGAAGGAUUUGGUCCAAAAUGAGGUUUUUCCUAAAAAUAGGCUGACGGCAAAGAGUUAAUUAACGUCUAACUAUUGAAUUGGUCAAAUAUUCUUGCAAGGACAAAAAAGAUACUAAUUAAGGUUAUAUUUAAUAACUUUUCAAUGCAUUUGUACAAAAUUCCUGUCACCUCCGUGUUUCAAGAUUCUUAUAGCGGACAGUUUCAUUCCGACAAGUUUUUCAAAACUGGAAGUAACUAGUAAAUAGAUUUGUAAGUCUUAAAUUUCAAACAAAUUAUCAACCUUUACUUUAAGAUCUUUUGUUCUACUUCAAAUCGAGGUUCCUUUGCAGCUGAAUACCUUUUAUCAUUAAGAAUGGCGUUUUUACACGUUUGUCCAUUUAAAUACUGAAACUCCGAAAUAUUCAGCAGUAAUAAACUCGAAAAUAUAAAGCACAGUACAACUGUGAAGUGCUGCUUAAUAGGUUUCAAGGUUGCAAGAGGGAAUUAUGUUCACUAAUUCCACGUACUAGACUUCAUAUCUUUGUGACCUUAACAGUGCAGAGGCGAUUAAAAUUGACGUACGGGUAAUCCGAAAUAGGUUGAGUGCAAUUUGUAGUUUAUAUUAUAUAUCGGCGAGGCACUCCUCUCCAUCAAUGCUAGUAGCUACGCAGAUUGGACGUUCUCGGGAGGAUUGUGUUCAAGCAGACAUCUACGCAUGCAGCCGUAGUGAUCUCGAUAGCACUCCGGGGCUGCAUCGUCUCCUGGGAAUUUUUGUCUGCACUUGUAAUGUUUAGCAUUGCAGUCACGGCAGCAGUCGAAAAGAUACAAGCAAAGCCAAGUGCAUUUGUCAUUUCUGUUGAACGCAACCGUAGAUGCUAAAACACAGUCGCCUGGCUUGCGUUGGAAUUGAAAAAAGCUCGCGUUUUUCUGUUGAAAAAUGAAGAGAAAAAGACUAAGGCUUAAAUUAUCAUAAUUCCACAGAGAUUUUGAACAUCGUAAAAUAAUGCAGUUUAGUGGCACUAUAAGUUUAAUUUAUUUAUGUGUCAAGAAGGGUGCUUAUUCCAAGAGGGCGCCUAUCGGUUUUUGAUAAUGUAGGCCUAAAGACGACUUGUUUAAAGUAAGUAAAUCAAGUUCAUAUUUCCUCACAAAUUUAUAAAAGUUUAACUGUCCGUGAAAAUUAACGCUCUCAUAACGCUUGAUUAACCUCGUUAAUAGUGCUCUCAUUAAAUUUGCGUCCCUCUUUAAACACUUCCCUCGCCUUACUAUUGAUGGCCUUAACAGUAACAAGCCAGUUUUAGAAGCCUAACUGAAGAUAUUAAAAUUAAGAAACCGCGCUCACCGUUAAAUACUCAGGUACAUUCAACUUAUCGCACUCUUGUUCGCAAAUGGACAAGCAUUUUGUAGACUCGUCGUGCUCCACAGGGACGGAAUCCUGUACGAACCCAAAACUGGUCGUAGCCCCCAGAAAUUUCCUGUGUCCAGGUUGAAAGAAUCGCCGAACAUAUUCUUCCGAGGUUAUGGAAUUUACCACAGCAAUGGCGAGUGGGACUGUCAGAAUGAAAGAGCAUGACUUCAUAGAGGUCUUCAUAGCGAGUUUGUUGUUUGGCGGCACAAACUCGGACGAUUAGUCAAUAACAAUUCCACCUUUUUUGGCAUUGCGUCUUUAUGUACUUAUAUUUCUUUGUUCGCCUUUGAGUGAGCAACAAACAAUUGGAGCAAAUUAAAGGCUUACUUCUUAACUCCUAAUCCGCAGUGUUUAGAACAUUUUGGUGAAUUUAUAGGUAGAAUUUUAAAGAUUUCAAACUAUAUAUAUUUUUGCAAUCAAAACUUAAAACCCAUCUUUUGAGAACAUAAUGCCCAAUGCAGUCUAAAGAGCUAAAAUUUGUAAAUGGUCCAACACGUACAUGUUGUCUGUUUAAUUCAGUUCAGUUUUUUCCGCAUAACUGCAUCCCUUGAUAACAUAUCGGAAGUAAUAUCUGUCAAAACGUAGGAGCAUUACGCCUGAUUUGUCCAGAACGAAAACAAUAUUUGAAUGCUUGGUUUCUCGUCCAAACAAUUGGGGUGGAUAAGAAUUUUUAAUAGUUGCUUAUAAAGUUUAAGUCCACUCAAAAUAACGUCGGAAACAUGAAGUGAAUUCAUGCGUUUAGGUCGGCUUGCUUCACAAUAUAUAUGGUAUUGAGGUAUUUACUUUAAGCUCUCACAAAGGGAGAGCAAACAAAACAAAGAAAACCAAAAAGUUGAUACUAAAAACAAAUUUCAGUUCAUUUGUAAACCUUGAUUGCGCAAACUAAAUUACCAAAGGAACUUUGUGGAGUGUGAUAAACGCGUGCUUGCCAAAAAAUAAAGGCUGAUUUAAAUUGCUUCGCGUACUAGCUAAGGAUUUUACAAGUUCGACACUCCUUUCUCGUUGCAAUAAAGGCGGGCUAUCACUAUGGCACGUUUUUAUGGUACGCAAGGUGGGACAUGUUGCUAGGGACAAGUUGCUAGGGAAGUAAUCGUUUUAAGCCUUUUCAAGAAUAAACCCUAUUAUGGGGACAGUUUAACCAACAGCCUUGUUAGUCAUGUUGCAAGAAAAAUGCCUCUUUUUUAAUUUGCUCGUCAAAAAAAUGACCACGGUUUAUCCCAUUAAAUACCUGCGAGCUAAAAGGGCGUGUUUUUGUACCAGGACAUUUUGCAAGGCAGCCUUUAUAAGCUGCUUCGCUUUACUCUUGUACAUAAAUGGACACAUUCUGAGAGUAUUGAAUCAAAAGCUCAGAGCUCUUUUGGACAAUACUAGUACCCUUAAGAGCGAAACUAACAACGAAAAAACAAAAUAAAACAAUUUUUCAGAAAAGGUCACUAAGUUCUGCACCUGCUUAUCAGGGGUUCCUCUCGCACCAAAGGAAAAGUGCCGAAUCAAUAAAUAAUUAAAAGAUCCCGUGUAAAAGGACGUUCAUGUACGAUUGUGCUUGAGUACUGCCAAUUGAAAAAAAGAUUGACAAAAAUUAUAACUUAAUUUCCUCUGUUUUUGGAACAUUUAGUGACUAUUGUAAAUUUCAACAUUUCGACACCUUUUGGAAAGAGAACAAUCGAUAGAUCAAUAGAUCAACGUUUCUUCUGUCUAAGAGACAAUUCAUUCUUUAAACCCGAUGGCACGUAUAAGGGCUUGUUGAAUCCCGCUAAAAGUGAAACCGGCGUGAACUUCAUUUACACAAGAGAUAAUAAGUAUUUUAAUGUGUACAUUUUUUGCCAUCUUUCUUAUAUUUUAUCUCUUUGUGAUUCGUUCUGUAGCUGCAAUAAUUUUGCUUUUGUUUACACUCUUAACCUAGGAUUUUAAUUUUUGUUCAGUAAUGUACAUCAACUGAGUUGUCAGCGCCUUUGUCAUCAAUUUCUGUAUGUUUACUUUUUUCAGGGAAUUCGGUUUACUCUGAUGGUUAAUGGUGAAGUGUAUAUCAACGAAACGCUGUCUGGUAAGAUGAGCUUUUUUGAACUUUCCCUGAAGAUCCUCAAUAAACAGGUCAAUGAUAAGUGAACCCUUUACCAUGGUUUAGUAGAGGAGAGAUUUGAAAAGGCAAUGGAGAGAAGAAGAGAGAGGAGAAGGGCUUUCCUCUUUUUCUCCCCUUCUGCUUUCUUCGUCCUUUGACGUCUUCUCCCCUUUCCCCAUAGGAAAACCUCAUAGUCAGGUUACAGUCGGUACUCGUCACAUUUGUUGAAACACCUGUCACGGUACGCCCUCCCCAAUGUUGAUUCACGUAUCACCUAUUUGCAAAUAAACGCGAAUCUCGACAUUAGGGAAGGACAGAGGAAGUAUACUCGGGCGAAGGUAGAUGACAAUGAGUGACAUGAAAAAUUUCCUCAGUUUCAGUCUGCUAUGUCAGUCAACGAAAUUUGACGAUAUUGUCAGUAGUAUAUUGAUAGUGUAGUGACUAAUUCAGCUUGCGUAGCAAGUAGCAAGCAUUUCCUUGCUUCUUAAGAAAGUUUGUCUCUUUGCAGGUUAAUUGACUAAUAACAAUUUGUGUUCGGGACACAAGCAGACCUCAGAACCACAAAAUAAUUACCGUUUGUCCCCGCUGUUGAGAUUUUUCUUCUAGUGGCCUUUUUAACGCAGCUCGAUAACAUUCCACAAACAUGUUAAUUGUUCACGGCUUUUUUAAUUUCACAGUACGUCAUUUAUUAUGGAUAAUAUUAAAUGAUCAAUGCAUUGAAAACAGAAAGUUACUUGCCCAGGAUCUUUGCAAAUUUGCUUAAUAUACGGUACAAAGCAAUCAACUCCUUUCUCGACAAACCCCGUCUAAAAUUCUCGAGAAUUAGCGGCAAAUCCGGGGAUUUUCCUGAGAAAUUUUGUGCAGGUAGAGUCGGUCUCCUCCAUUCUUCAGUCACCUUCUUUGAUUUUCUAUACGAUGGACUCCCCUGUAAAACGGACACCUAGAGCUGGUCCCUGCCGUUUUUCAGUAUUUUUUCCUAACUCUUUAUAGAUGGACAGAAUGUUCCUGGUGAAAUUUUACUGUAAGAUCGAGAAGAACCCCUGGGGACUUACUCUUACCGAACCAGUUCCAGAGGCAUUUGAAUUCCCUGCUUCCGAUUGGCCAAAAGAAUAAUUUCUCGAUCUUAUAGUAAACUUUCACCAAGAACAUUCUAUCUUCCCGACUAGCUGCUCCUGGAUCUCCGAGGAUGAGAUGGCCCCUGCCAUUCUUCAUUCUCCUUCUUUGACUCUCUAGAGAGAAUUGACUGCACAUGAAAAGGAAAAAUACUUUCUUUUCUUUGUACACAGGAAGAAACCCCCCUCCCUUGUGCCGCGGGGUCAUAGACGUGGCCGAUUUCUGUGUUAAAAUCUACAACGUAUCCUACGAAGAGGGCAAUUUUGGUGGCUGCUUAGAGUUAUACGCAGAUUUUGUGGAGCGAGUCUUUGACCUGAAGCUUGGCUGCUGGUAUCUAGACGAUCAGGUUGGUAGCUCUGUGGCUGAGGACAACAUUACUGAGGAGCCUGUGGACGAGAGAGUUAAUCUCCGCUCUCUUUUCAAACUCAGCAACAGUGCAAAGGAGCGAAUCUUUAAUGAGAUGAACAAGUGGUCCGACAUAGACGGGGAUUUGGGUGUUUCGAAUGGCAUCCACAGUGAUCGUCUUCCCGUGGAGGCUUCGGUUGAAGAAUUUGAGGAAACAAAUGAUAGUUUUUAAUUUCAUGUGACAGUAUAUUCGUCACUUUCUUAACUGUGUAGUUUUUUUGAUCGAUGUGCACGCUCGUAGUACUAGUCACUCAUUUUCUUAAAUCCCGAUCUAUAACUUGUAGUCUUCAGAGUGUACAACUAUUAGGCUCCGUUAAAGAGAAAGUGCCAUAAAGAUUUAGUAGACCAUAUCCAUGAAAUCCUACAUAAUUGUGUUAAUGGAAAAUCAAACAAGCUAGUGGCAUAGUCUUACAAAAAGUGGGUCGGUAAUACUACAUAAAAAAUUGUUUUUGACCAAGAUCAAUAGAAAGCAAGAGGACCAAAACUUGCAAAAGUCAAGCUGGCUUUUUCAAGCUUGGAUAAGGUU